AUGGUUGCUCCUGGACAGUCACAAGAGCUGUUAAAUCUUAUUGUCGAGCCUGACAGAACCACCAAAUGCAAUGAAGAAUCUGAAUAUCUGUUGGAACUAUUGACUAAAAUUUACAAUGAAUCCACUUCUAAUGUUGUGAAGGACCAUACUCUCUCUUUAAUGGCUGGACUGUCAACAAAAGAAAAUCUGAAGAACAGAAUCCCAGGACUAACAAAGUACCAUAUUGACAAAGUACGGGCAGUUUCACCAGACCAGAUCUUUCAGAGGCUUAUGUCCUAUAGCACAAGGGAAUUGGAACUUGACUCAGGUGAAACAAUUGUGAUUCCAGAUGUCCUACGUACUGCUUGUCACUCUUCAAUUAUUGACAUGUAUGAAAAACAUUGCGAGGAUACUGAUUUCUCACCACUAUCAAGGGCUUCAUUAUUUCAAAUACUGCAUGCUUGCUCUGCUUCUAAGCGUCGCAAUCUCUAUGGCUUGGAUAAUAUUACAGCAGAUGGCCUAGCUGCUUUCAAGUCCUUGAGUAACAUCAUUAAGAAUCUUGAAAACAAAGGCAUUAUCAACAAGGAUACGAAAGCUACAUUGACAAAACUUCUGUCAGAAAGCCAGAAUUAUCUUAAAAGAACCUUCAAGUUCCAUGUCUUAUUGAAUUCUUCUUGUGCUGACCAUUGUAUCAUGUGGCCUUGCAGUGACAGUAAAGAUGCCAAAUUUCAGUCAGUUUGUAACCAUGAUCAUGUAGACAGCUGUCAACAGUGUGAAAAUCUAUCAAUGGUCUCAGAUCAGGUGUGCUCCUUAGAUCUAGAUGAUGAUGAGGCAAUAGAUGUCACAGAAGCAAGAAACAACAUCCAAGCAUGGAAAGCUCACAUUGUUAGAACAAUAAACCAAGAUCGUGGGAGAGUGGACCUCCUAGAUAGCAUGCAGACAUGUCAUGUUCUGUUAGUAAUGGACUGGGCCAUGAAAUUUCUUCCACUUUUGCACCGAGAGAGGCAAUCAGACUGGUUUGGCCAAAAAGGGAUCUCCUGGCAUGUUACAGUUUGCAUCACAAAAGAUGAUAAAGGAUCUUUAAAGCAUAGCACUUGGGUGCACAUUUUUGAAAGUGGCAAACAAGACUGGUUCGCUGUAGCGUCCAUCUUGGAACAUACCCUCUCAUCUGUGGUUCAGCAAUAUCCUUGCGUUAAAGAGGCUUUCCUCAGAUCUGACAACGCUGGAUGUUAUCAUAAUGGAUUUCUUUGGAGUUCGAUUCCUAGUAUAUCUGAGAGAACAGGAAUACAGAUUAAGAGCUACAACUUUAGUGAGGCGCAAUCAGGAAAAUCCUAUUGCGAUGCCAAAAUUGCUCAUCUUAGGAAGAAGAUGAGAAUGCAUGUUGCAGAUGGAAAUGACAUCAAGUUCCCAGUCGACAUGAAGAUGGCCUUAGAUAGUGGAGGAGGAGUUACAGGAUGCCAAGUAGCAGUUGUGGCCGUGGAUUACAGUCAUCAGCAGAUAAUCAGUCACAAAUGGAAGGAUGUACGCUUCAUUACAGAUCUGGAAGUAGAGUCUUGUAAGAUGACCACGCACCAUGCAUAUGACAUUGGAAAUGGAAAUGUUAUUGAGGCAUCCUCAAUGGUCUCCUCACAGCAAAAUUCUACAGGUCUAAAGAUCCUAUCUGAGUUCAGGAAACCAGAGAAGCAAGAAGGACACAUACAAAAUCCAACUAUUAUUAAGGAGCCCCUCCAGUGUUUCCCUUGCUCAGAAGAGGGUUAUGUUCAAAGUUUUUAUACCUUUGAGGAAUACGAGGAACACAUGUACUUUGAAAAGCACACUUAUGAAUUUCAUCAAAAUUCAGAUUUAUCUACAUUUGACAGGGUUAAGCUGAGGUGGGCAGAAAAAUGUAAUUUAGUCUCACAGAGUGAAGAGCAGAUCUCCAUGCCAAUAGCAAUGUGUGACUCUGACAAAAGCCAACAAGGUACUGCUACAAAAGGAUGGGCACUUCAAAAGGAAAAGAAACAAGUGCGAUUUAAGCAGCAUGUGCGAGAUUUCCUCAAAGAGGUAUUCAAGACAGGAGAAGAGAGUGGGAAGAAGGCUAAUCCUUUAGAAGUUGCAUUGCAUAUGAAACAAUAA